AAGUGGCUAUUUCAAGAUGGCGCAGUCCUUGUCAGAUGAAGAGUUCUCUCGAAUGCAGACACAGCUCAUCGAGCUGCGUACCUUGAAUUACGAGCUGGAGUCUAAUUGUCAAAGACAACAGACAGAACUUGGUCAGCUUCAAGAAAAAUACAAUAAUCAGGAAAAAGAAUUACAGAAAGCCAACAAGAUCAUAAACAAAAGCAAAAACAGAAAGGAAUAUGCAGUUCUUUUGGAAGAAAAUGAAAAUUUGCAAAGGCAGUUUCAGGCACAAGAGGAAAAUUUUAAGUUGCAAAACCAAACCCUUCUUGAGGAGAUAAGCAAGUUAAAUGAUGACAAUGAAAAACUCCAAAAACAAGUAACAACAAAAGAUGGUGGCCAGGACUCAGGUUCUGAUGCAGAGUUGAGGAGACUAAGAGCAGAAAAUGCUGCUUUGCAGAAAAGUUUGACAAAUUCCCAACAGAGGCAUGAGGAUGAAUUGAUGCAAUUACAAGAAAAACUCCAAUCCCUCUCUGAUGACCAUGAUAAUGACAGCUGCCAAUCACCAGAUGCAGGUGAAAAUGAUGCCGAAGAGUUGCCAGCCAAUGGAGAAACACAUGGAGAUGAAAGUAAAGAUGCUGUAAAUGAAAGUGGACAAGCUAAAACAUCAAGACAAAAACUUCAUGAGAUUUUAAAUGUGGAACUGUCAGCAUUUUGUGAAAAAAUGUGUAGCAGUGAAACUGGUGAUGUGUCUAAGGAGACAGAAACAAACCAAAGGCAUGAAGUUGCCAAGGGUAUAGAUGAGAAUUUAAGUGCAGUUGAUGGUGCUGAAACAGAGAGCAAUGCACCUGGAACAGCAAUGUUUGACUCCACAGAUAAGAAGAAGUCAGGCAAUGAGGAUUUUAUUGAAGAGAUAGACAAUUUGAAAAGGAAACUUGCCGAUAGUUUGUUUCAUUUUGUUUCUUCAAAUGAAGUUACAGCUGCAGUCGUCAGAAGUCCGCCGCGGGAACGUCGACAAGAGGUUGAAGUCAGAAGCCUGGCUCUGGAAAAGCAAGUGAAGGAGAUGGCAAGUCUUCAGCUACAACUUGACACCGAACGAGAAGAGAAGAGAAUCCUUCAAGAUCAGCUACAUGAAGCUGAGACGUCAGGCAAGCAGGAAAUUUCAAAGCUCGAGAAGGAACUUUCGCAGCUCACAGAAAAAGUCAAAAGGAAACAAGAAAGUUACCUACAGCUUCAAGAAGAAAAGGAGAAACUUUAUUCAGAAAACAAGAAAUCUCAAGAGGAGUUAAAAACCGCGAAAGAACACGAAAUAGAGGUUUUAACAGAGCAAAUGGCAAAGCUUCAAGAUGAGGUUAAUACUGCCAAUCAGCGGUACACAGAGUUAAAAGAGGGAAAUGAAAGAAAGAUUAAAGGACUUGAAGAGACUAUGACAUCUCAGCGUAACCAGGCGUCGUUAUCUGCAGAGGAAACGGAACAGGUUGUUGCAGGACUUAGGCAAGAAAAUGCGUCUUUGGUCACUGAGGUACAAGAGUUGCGAACGAAAGUCAAAACAAUAAGGGAGGAGCAGGAAGAGUCUGAGGACUUGAUAUCACAAUUGGAAAACAAAGUGUCUUUGACCGAGACGCGCUGCGCUGAGCUGGCCAUGGAGGUAGAUGAGUUGACAGCCCAUGUGAAGGAACAGAACACUGCAGUUGAAGGCUGGAAUGAACAAAUAUCACAGCUAACAUCUGAACGUGAUCAGCUGAAGGACUCGCUGGAAGAAGUUACCAAGGUCGCCAAGAGUCGUAAAGAAUUGGUUGACAAGAUGGCCAUCGAGAAACAAACGACAGACGCGAACCACAAAGAGCAAUUGGACAAGUUACAAGAGGAUUAUAAGAAAGAAAUUAACGAACUUAGAGAGCUUCUGACGGGAGAGAAGAAACUACGCAAAGAAGUUGAAGACUCACAACAGAAGUUAGCAGAAACCAAGGCUAAAUUACAGUCUGUAGAGAGCAAAAGUGGAUGGUUUGAGAGAAGACUUGCUGAAACUGAGGAAAACUUGAAGGCAGAGAAAGAAAGAAAUGAGCAAACACUGGCCAAUCUGCAAGCGGAACGUGAAGAGGAACUUAAAUCUUUGCAAGAAGAGAGAGAGAGAGGGGAAGAGGGAUUUCAGUCUCAGAUCAGUGGGUUACAGGAGGAAAUGGAGGAAAAGGAACAGGAAAUGGAAAAAUUACGACAUGAACUGAAGGAUAAAGAAGUUGAAAACAAAAUUGCCGGCAAGAAAGGAGAUCAGCUGGUUAAGGACCUGAAGCGUCAGCUCAAACUGGAGAGGAAAAGAGGCGAGCAGUUACAGCAAAAAUUACAAGAAGCUUUAUCAGAAAACAGAGUCAAGCCAGCAUUUGAGGAUAUGUUUGUUGGCAGGGAACAUCAACGGCGAAAUAGCGGUGAUUCAUCAAUUGUUAGUCAACCGUCAAGAAGUGAAGUGGACAGCCCGGAAUUUAGGCCCCCAAGCCCCGCUGCGUCCAUGAUCAGUAUGCUUAACGACGAUACCACUGACCUGAUAGAGCGACUCGCGGACGUUCAGCAAGAAAAGUGGCUCCUCGAGGAAAAGGUUCGCCAUCUUGAAGAAAAUGGAGCAGCGCUAGCGGAGGAUCUAUUAAAAAAAUCAGCCAUAAUUCAGGCAUACGCCAUGGAAACUAAAGUCGGUCCUAUAGCGGAGUCUCCAGCGAAACCAUCCCCAGCCGCUUCGAUUUCUACUUUAAAAGAGAAGAUUCGGUCUCCUUUUGGUAAAGCUAAGCCUGAGAACACCAGAAAAAUACAGCUGAUGCUGGAGGAGACACUGACAAAGAACAUUCAAUUACAGCGGGACGUGGACUCAAUGGCUAAAGAACUUCAAAGAUUCAAACAACAAGAAGUGAUUCCACCGGAACUCAAUGAAACUUCGGAUUCAAUGUUGGAUUCAAGUUUAUGGAAAGCCACAGAGGAAGAGGAAUCUGAAUCUAGUUAGCAAUUUUUAACUGAUUUAAUUUUAGGUUUAAGACACUUUUGUCGAGUGCAGUGAACCUUGGGUUGCGCUGACCCCACUGAGCUGUUAACUUUUUCACUCACAUGAGUGACCAAGACAGCAUUUCUCCUUACUAUAUCAAUGCAAUAUCAAGCAGAAAAGUGAUGAUAGUAAAGCAGAAUAUCAAAAAGGGGAUCGUUAGUUGAUCCAAAACCAAAUUCUUCGAACUAACAUCAUAAGAAUGGUGUGGUACUCAGUAAGGAGAAAUACUCAUGAGAUCUUUGGAGUGAAAGGAUUGGUACAAUCUGUCAUCUUAUCACAGGUUUUAUAAUUGUCAGUUGUUAAGUCACAAACAGUUUGUCCGGGAACAGUGUCACAGAUAAACAUGUGUGCUUAUAAUGGGGCCAGUUUGAUCAGGUAAAGAGAAACUUUCUUACAGAACUUCUCCUCCGCAGUAGAUUAUGGAUGAUACUCAAAUGUCGCACUAAACCGUCCGCUUAAUAAAAAUGUUAUGAAAUAAAAGAGCUUACUAGAACAUUGAAGUCAGCGACCGCUAAAAGAGUUCUCCAAUGGAUACAGGGUUAUUUACCAUAAAUAUGGGGAAAAAUUGGUGCAGGGUUUUAACUUAACUUGGGGUCCUAUCACUACGGGUUUCUUAUCAAAUCUCUUUAGUAUCACCAAUAUACAAAUAUAUAUUUAAUAGAUCUUUUAAAGAGAUUUAGAUUUAUAUUUCUCUAAGAAUGAAUCAUCGAGUAGUGUUCUUUCUCACGAGAAGCGAAGUAAAUUCGCUCGAGUGUAAAAUGAAAGGAAAUCUUUGGUACUGUUCAAGCGCUCGGUUGAUAAACAUUGUAGUGACAAUUUUUAGAGCAAAUGCAAAUAGCAUCUUUGGGGGGAAAUUAUAGAUAUUACGCCUAUUAUUUUAACAAGAUAUGUAAACUAGUAUUGCUAGUCUUUUUUUUUUUCAAUUUUUUUUCAAUGUUUUCAAUGGCCUAUGUACGUGCGUGUUCUAUCGAGAAAGGUACGGUUUGUAAAUACAGCUAUUCAAUGAACUCAAGAAAAGCAUUGUAAAGAGUGAAGUAAGCUUCUGUAUUCUGGCAAACGAGUAGAUCGAAAGCUUGGCAUUAUGCGAUAUGCCGAUGUUUACUUCAUUAAAUAAGAUAUAGGAACUUAGAAGACCUAUAUCUCAAGUACCUUUAUCAUACUUACUCACGUCCGAUAAGUCAAAAUAAACACGAAAAUCUGAUGCAUUUAUACGUGUUAUUCCACGCGUAAUGCGUCAAAGGAAGGUCGAGAGGUUUAUAAUAAACGAACUUGAAAGGAGUUUAAGCGUGGAAUGGAAAUUAUAAAGUUUUGAGACUUUCACUGCUACUGUGUUUGUCGAUACACCAUUUUGAUGCCUUUCAAAGACCAGUUUGACGUAUUUUGCGCAGCAGAGGAAUAAACGUUUCAUGAAAGGUGCAGAGGGAAACGAUAUUUUUAAAUUAGGUGAGCUGUGUACUACAAGUGAAGUAUUGUUCUUCUUACAAUCUUAAUCGUAAUAUUUGUUAUUAAAUUUUACAAGUUCAACGAAACUCUCAUUCAAAUCGCUGAAAUGUAAUCGAUUCGUGCAAUCCAACCAGCACGGCGAUGAACAAAUUUGUAGAUAAUGUAGAUAAAUUUACUUAAAAAGUCCCUUGUUCUACUUUGCUCGCCAUUAAUGCCUAGGUAAACAAAUCUGCCCCAGAAUAAAUUAAAC